AUAAGGUAUACAAGGGUCGUGGAAAUAGGAACUAGGGUUUCCAAUUCAUUCAUACGGUUCGAUCCAUCUAAUUGAAUCGCAGGAGGAAAUCAAAGAUCGACGAAGAUGAUCGAGGUGGUGUUGAACGAUCGUUUGGGGAAGAAGGUUCGCGUGAAGUGCAACGACGACGAUACCAUCGGCGACUUGAAGAAGCUCGUUGCAGCUCAGACGGGAACCCGUGCCGACAAGAUCAGGAUCCAGAAGUGGUACAACAUCUACAAGGAUCAUAUCACUCUCAAGGACUAUGAGAUUCACGAUGGCAUGGGAUUAGAACUCUACUAUAACUGAGAUUGCAGCUAUGAUGGUAUUUAUGGUAAAAUUGUCUGUGACCGCCUCUUCCUGGAUGGUACAAAUGUUCAAAACCAGGUUCACUUACUGAUCACGUUCUAAAAUUUCGCAAUUUGUUACUUUCAAUGUUUCGGUGGACAUUAGGGCAAAUUAUUAGCUUCCAUUUGGUAAAUUAUAUAUGUGAUUGCAAUUUAGGUUUUCUGUUAUGUAUUGAUUACCGACUUAUGAUGCUUUAUGUUAUGUGCCUGGUUCAUCAUGGUUGGGCGAGCAAGUCAAUUACUUAUGACUUGCAGAGUCUCAUGCCUUAUGUUCUAUGACUGGGUAAAUUUUGUGUUGGUCACUUCUUCCUGGAUAGUAGAAAAGUUCAAAACUGGGUUAAUCGGUUAAUCCCCUUCUUCUAGUCUUCUCACGAAUAAUGGAAUUGCGGUCUUUCCAAACUUCUCCUCUUCCCGGUCAAGAGAUGGCAAGGAGCGGGAAAGCUUCUAUCUCUUUGAUUGUUGAGUGGGUGAUAAUUGUCAUUUGUUUUCCUGUUGGUGGAAACUAUGUUAAAUAUGUUGGUUUCUAUUUGGCUUAUAACUGAAUAUCAUAUGUACUCAGAAUUCAGGGUUUUCAGUUUUGUGUUGCUGAAUUUUGGUGCUUUAACAAGGGUCCAAAGGCCGGGAGCGAGCCGGAUUU